AUGCCGUUGACCAUCCUCUCUCAGGCACAGCUCCGCUCGCUGCUGCUAUCGCUGACCCGCGACGAGAUUAUAUCGCUGCAACAAAACCUAGCUCAGGCGCUACGAGAAUACUCGACGGGAAAUCAGGAACUGGGCUGCUCCGCUACCUAUCAACCCCAAAGAACUGCCAUCACCCGCAAGAAUGGCUCCACAACGCUAUUUAUGCCCGCCAGUACCGGCCGCACCAUCGGCAUGAAAAUGAUCUCGCUCCAGGACGGGGGUACCGCGGGGUGUGCCGUCGAAACUGGGUUGGAUAUACCCGAGGGCGAGAAGACGGCGUCACGGAGUCGGCACGGAUCGAGGAAUUCCAUGAGCUCGCUGUCAUCCGACAUGAGUGACUUGACCGUCUCGUCGCAGGAAGACGAAAGCUCCUCAGUCAGCUCUAGCAGCAAGUCGCUGCCGUCGGGAUGUGUGAACAAACAACCGGUCAAUUCUGGACUGUCCAACACAAUGGGAGCAUGGCCCUCAGCUGGUUCCCGAGACACUUCCCCACAGGGCAGCGUGACACUGCUUGACGAGCAAAGCAUGCCAUUUGGCUUGAUCAAUGCGCAUGAGCUCACUCCAUUCCGCACGGCACUAACGUCUACAAUGAUCUUCAACAAGCGCAAGCGAGUGCGCACAGUGGUAGUCUUUGGAGCAGGCAAGCAGGCUUACUGGCACAUACGACUGGCACUGACAUUGCGGGGAUCGGAAAUCAAACGGGUCUUCAUCAUCAAUAGAUCUUUCGAUCGGGCAGCGGAACUUCUGCGAGACAUCUAUUCACCAGAGAACUCUAGUUGGCGGGGUGACGUGAAGUUUUCAGCUGUUAGCAGCGACUUCGUCGAGUACUCGCGCAUCUUGCAGGAUGCCCUGAACAAAGCUGAUGCGAUCUUCUGCUGCACUCCGUCUAUUCAGCCACUCUUCCCUGGGGAGAUACUCACAUCACACGAAGCCCGCCGGAAAGGCCGACUGAUCAGCGCCAUUGGUUCGUACAAGCCACACAUGACGGAGUUGCCUCCAGAGAUCAUACGCGACGAGGUCAAGGCACAGGGUUCGCAUCGGCAUUUCCACAAACACGUCAAGCGUAGCGGCGUUGUGGUUGUGGACAGUCUUGAGGCGGCUUUGAAGGAGGCCGGAGAGCUGAUUCAAGCCGAGAUCAAGCCGAAUCAAGUUGUGGAGCUGGGCGAGCUGUUGAUGGUGCGCUGUGCUGCCCAAGACCAGGACGAAGAGACGGACGAUGGCAAAAGCUUACGCGAGUGGGCUGAGCGAGGCAAUGUGAUUUUCAAGAGUGUAGGGUUGGGACUGAUGGACUUGGUCACCGGCGGGGAUCUCGUUCAGCUGGCGCGGCAGCGGAAUAUUGGGACCCUGGUGGAAGAGUUCUGA